UUAAAAAGUAAUAUUUUUAGAUGCGAUUGGGUUGAGAUAUUAGAGCCUAAAUCACAAAAACGGAUAUAUGCAAAUUUGGCAACUGGGGAGUGUAAAUGGGAUCCGCCAGUUGGUGUCAAAAUCAAAAAAAGUGCAGAUGACGAGAAUCAGUGGUGGGAGUUAUUUGAUGCCAAAUGUUCAAGAUUUUAUUAUUACAAUGCCAGAUUAAAAAAAACAGUUUGGCAGAGGCCAAAUAAUUGUGAUGUCAUUCCUCUUGCUAAACUUCAAAUUGUAAGGUAUUCGCCUGCAUUUGAGCUGGGACAACAUCAACAAUCUCAACAACAUUUGCAACAAACGUCGACAUCACUGCGACACCAUCAACUCUCAUCAUCAACUCGUUAUUCCCAAGACAGCCAUGUUGCAACUAAUGAUCAAAUGUCAUCUGCUUUAUCGCCAGUCAAGCACAAUCUUCUUCAUGACUCUGGAAUAUCAUCUAAUGUAGAUUAUGAUUACUCAAAUGAAUAUGACAGUGACUCGUCCACAUCAUCAUCAACAUCCUCACUGACAGGCAGCAACAACAACAACAACAAAGGCAACCACAUAUUUCCUCCUCACCAGCGACAACAACAGCAUCAGCAACAUCAACACCACAAACAUAAUCCAGCUGGCCACAGGGAAAUGGACAUAGAACGGUUCAUAUCAGAAAAUUUGAAUGAACACAAGCAAGGACUGUUGGGGAGGGCAGUGCCCAUCAGCAACAUGCUCUCCUGGACGAAGGAUCUCAUACAGAAGCCCAUGAUCAGAACGGAGAACAAGACAGUCAAGAAGGAGGCCCUGGAGGUAUUCAAACUCAUCCAGUCAUACAUGGGGGACAAGAAGGCCAGGGACACAUCAACAAACAGCCAGGCAGUCGUUGCAGUUGAGAUCAUGAACAAGGGCUGGAGUUGCAUGGAACUCAGGGACGAGAUAUACAUACAGCUCUGCAGACAGACGACAAGGAAUCCUAAAGAAUCCAGUCUGCUGCUAGGCUGGGAGCUGAUGGCUCUGUGUCUUGGAUUCCUUCCUCCGUCGACCAAGUUCCAAUCCUACUUGGAUCGUUAUAUCACUCGGACUCUCGAGACCAGAGACUUUACUGAUCAGGGACACUUGCACAAGUUGGCCAACGCUUGCAUAAAGAGGCUUGAGAAGAUAUGUUCACAAACAGUUGUCAAGCACAGGCCAACUUUGGAGGAGGUGGAACACAGUAAGAGGUUCCUCAUAGACAUAUCCAUGUUUGGAGCCAGUUUGGAUGACAUUAUAGAUCUACAGAAGGAUCGUCAUCCAACACUUCGCAUUCCCUGGAUACAAAAAGUCCUUUCAGAAUGUCUCCUAGAACUCACUAAAGAUCAACUUACUGAGGGCAUUUUUAGAGUGCCAGGAGACACGGAAGAAGUGAACGUCCUGAAAUCGAAAUGUGAGAGUUGGCUGUCUCCAUCGUCUGCAACCACCGAUCCACACAUACUGGCAUCACUUCUCAAACUUUGGUACAGAGAACUUCAUGAACCAUUGAUACCAACUGAAUUUUAUGACCUCUGUGUCGAAAGCUAUGCAAAUCCGGACUCUGCUAUCGCCAUUAUGGACAAGUUACCUGAACCCAACAAAGUUGUUCUCAUGUAUCUCAUCAGGUUUUUGCAGAAAUUUUCAGUUGCUGAAGUUUCGAACGUCACCAAGAUGGAUGCCAGCAACCUGUCCAUGGUUAUGGCGCCAAAUUGUUUGCGUUGUUUGACGUUGGAUCCACAGUCAAUGUUCGAGAAUGCUCGCAAGGAGAUGAACUUCCUGAAGCUGCUUGUCUUACACCUCGAUACUUCCUCUGUUGCAGAUUUGCUGCCUUAGAUCUAUUUUUUUUUCACACAAAUUUUUAUUUCAUUCUUUUGUUUCUUUUAUUUGUCUUCUUAAUUUAUUCAUCAUCAGAUUUGUUAUUUGUUUUCAAUUUUUAAAUAUGGGAGUUUGUUGGUUUUUGGUUUAUGAUCUUUGUUUUGUUUUGUUUUGUCUUUGUUCUUUUGAUUUCGUUUGAAUAAAUGCUGUCUUUGGUUGCCUCGGUGUUAUAUUUCUUGUGCUGUUGUAACCAUUGCUGUUAAUUGUUGUUGUUUGUUUUUUGCUGUCAGAAAUCGAAGAGUCACAUGCUUUAAACUAGAGAAACUCUUUAUAUUUUCAUGUUUUAUUUUCAAUCUAUUUAUUGGUUUAAUAUUUUAUCAUAGUUCCUACAAUCAAGUAAAUGAUUGUUUUCAUGUUUUUACUUCUCAACAAUUGUGGACAGAUUUUAAUCGUUCAUCUUUUUAAAAAUUCUAAGAAAUUAACACAAAUAAGGAUACAGAUAGAUUUCUUUUUCUGUAGUCGUUUUCAAAAUCAAAUUUAAAUUUUUUCAAGAUCCAAUUAUAGAUCAGCUUUCAUGAGAGAAAUUUUGUGCCACUUUUCUAAACGCGUGAAAUGCUUUGUUCUUGCACUGUACAUCAUGUUCACACAUUUACUGCUACGCUAUACUGGUACUUUAAAUUUGUACUUCUAAUAUAUUAAUAUAUAUAUAUAUAUAUAUAUUUUUUAUUUAUUUACUUUGUUGUUAAAAUAAUUUAACUUCAAAUCAAUUGAAUCAAAUACUAGUUAUAUACUAAUAUAUACAGUAUUGUAUGAAUUCUACCGAAUUGUUGGCAUUAAUCAAUUUAGAGUUUGUCUUUUCAAUUUCCCGUAAAGAAUCUUCUGUAAAUUGUUCAUUUUAUUAAAAAUGGAAUUAUUAUCCAAGUUCAUGAAAAAACUUAAUGAAACUGUUGUUCUGCUAUCCACUUCAGAGCCACUUCACUAUCAAGACGUAUCAUAAUGCCAUCGAUUUGGUAAAAUUCAUACAAUACUCUAUAAAAUAUGGUCUCCUUCCAACUUAUAUAUAUAUAUAUAUAUAUAUAUAUAUAUAUAUAUAUAUAUUUAUAUAUAUAUUCUAUAAGGCUGUGACAUUUGCAAAUAUAUGUACAGAAUGUUUUUUUUAUUUUUCAAAUUAUUUUGUAAUUUCUUUCGUUUUUCUUUUUCAUCUAAUGCAUUGCUUGUAAUUUUAAUUGUAGUUAUUAUUAUUCUUAUUAUUCAUUAUUAUUAUUAUUACCUCAUUCAGUUAUUCAUUUAUUUAUUUAUUUAUAUUGAUUAUAGAUGCGUUUUUAUUUAAUUGUCGUUGUUUGUAGAAGGUAGGUAGCACUGUCCACAUAAUUUGUGUUUCACAUACUGUACAGGAUAUAUGUUUUUUGUGUUUUUGUUUAUUUAAUUUUUAACAAUAAUAACUGUUAAUAUAAUUAUAACAAUAAUUAUAAUUAACUCUUAUUAUUAAUACUAAUAGUUAUUAGAAUGAAAACAAAUAUUAUUUUUUAUAGAGAACAGUUUUUUUCUGUUAAUUCUGUUCAAUCCUAUUACUAUGAUAUUCUAAUAAAAUACGAUGUGUACCUAUGUAUGUGUCCUAACAAUUGAAGCCAUUUUCUUCUUUCUGUUAGAGUACCAUACCAUGGUUAUUGUUGGCCGUGGGUUUCACCGAGAUACCCCAAAACAUGGCGACUUCAAUUUUUUCUAUUUUUAUUUUGUUUUUCGGGCUCAGCCAUUAAGGGGUGAUAUAAAGUAAAUGGUCUAAUGACCUUUAAUCUUUCAACCUUUAAAAUAUAGAUAAUAUCGGGGUGAUCAUUCAUUUCAUGCUAUGUGUGUGUUAAUACCCUUAUCAAGCUGCCAACAUUUAUGCGGUUUCUUAGCGGUUAGUUCAGUUUAUAUCGGGGAUAAGUUUGUAAAGGUUGGUAAAGUAACUAGCGGAGUUUACUGGAAUAAAUUGUUGAGUUUCUUGUUCUUUUUUCUUAAUCUCCAGCUUCAAUUAAUUAUCUUAAAAGAUAUUAACCAAUCAUUUCACAGUGGACUUUGUUAGAUUAACGUGUUUCGUUAUCAACUGAUAUAACUGACUAAAUAUCGAAUUUAUCAUCAUUACCAUCAUCCUGUUGUCAUAUCAUCGUCGCCAUUGUCGUAAUAAUGUUUUUUAAUCAUUCUUAUUUUCGUCACUCAUCAACGUCAUCAUUAAUAUUUCCUCAAUGGCAAGUCAAAUAGUGCUUUAACAUGGCAUUAAAUGAAUGAUUUCUGCGAAUGUGCACGCCGCAUUUCAAUUUUCAAAUGUAUAUGCACGUUGUAUUUAAAUGUAUGUACACGUUUGUACGUACAGGCGUGUAUUAACUGCGUAUGCGUGAAUGUGUAUGUGCGUAUACGCGUGUGUUACUCGUUCGUGUGCUUAUGUACGUGUGUGUCUGUCUGCAUUUAUAAAUCAAUGUCAGUUAUUAGAGCUAAUUUCUUGCAGUAUUAAUUAAAACUUCGCUAAACUAGUAUUUAUAAUAAUUAAUUUCUAUAAUUAAUUAAUAAUUUUUAGUUGUUGUUUUUAUUGUUAUUGUUGUUAUUUUUUUAUUAUUGUUAAUAUUAUUUCUGUUGAUGUUUUCAAAAUGAUUAGGUAACCAUUAUUCAUUUAAUUAGCAACUCUUGUCGGUUAUUUUUAAGAUUUCAAAAGUUUAAGACAGCUGUAUUUGACAUUAAAUUUUCUUAUUUAUAUUAUUAUUAUUUUAUUAUUAUUGAUAUUAUUUGUUAUUAUUAUUGUUGUUAUCUUAAUUGUUAUUAUAUUUUUAGUUGUUUUUUAGCAUAUUUCAACGUCCAAAGAUGAUUUUCGUUAAAGUUGUUUCAACUUAAUUCUCAAAUAGAUGUUCGGUUUUUUGUUGCUAUUUAUUAAGUUUCUUUUUAUUGGAAAUACAAUAAAAAAAAACGAUAAUUUUU